UGGGCCGCCAUCGCUACUGCGGCGGCUCCGCUCAGCCCGGGACCCCAGCCAACGCCUGCUUUUCUCUCUGGGGAAGAGGCCGCAGCUCAAGAGGAAAAACCAACAAGGAGACGUUGGAGAGGGUUGAUGAACAGUGUGUUCUGAGGGGUCCGAAACACCGCGACAGCCACUCCACCCCUGAGCGGCGCGAUAGCUGUCAUGGUCCCCGGACCACGUGACUCCGGCUGGGCGCCGGUCCGGCUUCCCGUCGCUCUAUUUCACUAGUCCUGAUUCUCCGCCUCUCUCCUUUUCUUGUCGCGGACUCCAAUACUGCCUUUCUUCCCUCAAGAGGACUGCUGUGCAGACCCAGAAAUUCGAAAACAUCUGGAGAAAAUGACCCAUUGGUUUCAUAGGAACCCAUUAAAAGCCACAGCUCCUGUUUCUUUCAAUUACUAUGGUGUAGCCACUGGCCCUCCAGCUUCAAAAAUUUGCAAUGAUUUGAGAUCAUCCAGGGCACGCCUCCUUGAACUGUUUACUGAUUUGAGCUGUAAUCCAGAAAUGAUGAAGAAUGCAGCAGAUUCAUAUUUUUCACUUUUACAAGGUUUCAUAAAUUCAUUGGAUGAAUCUACUCAAGAAAGCAAAUUACGAUAUAUUCAAAAUUUCAAGUGGACUGAUACAUUACAAGGACAAGUUCCAAGUGCCCAACAGGAUGCUGUUUUCGAAUUAAUUUCCAUGGGAUUUAAUGUAGCUUUGUGGUAUACCAAAUAUGCUUCAAGACUGGCUGGAAAAGAAAAUAUAACAGAAGAUGAAGCAAAAGAAGUCCAUCGAAGCCUAAAAAUUGCAGCUGGGAUUUUUAAACACCUAAAGGAAAGUCAUAUCCCCAAACUUAUUACACCUGCAGAAAAGGGAAGGGAUUUAGAGGGACGGCUCAUAGAAGCUUAUAUUAUCCAGUGUCAGGCUGAAGCUCAAGAAGUAACAAUUGCUCGAGCAAUUGAACUAAAACAUGCUCCUGGACUAAUUGCUGCACUGGCAUAUGAAACAGCCAAUUUCUAUCAAAAAGCUGAUCAUGCUUUAUCCAGUUUGGAGCCUUCAUAUUCUGCUAAAUGGAGAAAAUAUCUUCACUUGAAAAUGUGUUUCUACACAGCUUAUGCUUUCUGUUAUCAUGGUCAGACUUUGUUGGCUAGUGACAAAUGUGGAGAAGCAAUCAGGUCUCUCCAAGAAGCAGAAAAAUUUUAUGCAAAGGCAGAAGCACUAUGUAAAGAAUACGGAGAAACCAAAGGACCUGGGCCAACAGUUAAACCUUCAGGACAUUUGUUCUUUAGGAAACUUGGAAACCUUGUGAAGAAUACCCUAGAAAAAUGUCAGAGAGAAAAUGGGUUUAUUUACUUUCAAAAAAUUCCAACGGAAGCCCCACAACUGGAACUCAAAGCAAAUUAUGGUCUUGUAGAGCCUGUACCUUUCAAAUUUCCUCCCACAAGUGCCCACUGGACACCAGAAACAUUGGCUGCAUUUGAUCUCACCAAGAGACCCAAAGAUGACAGUACCAAACCCAAACCAGAAGAAGAAGUAAAACCUGUGAAAGAGCCAGAUAUCAAACCUCAAAAGGACACUGGCUGCAGCAUCUCCUAAAAUACGCCUCAACUGCAGUGUGCACUUAGAAUUUCUCUACUAGCAAAUAAGAUAAACCACA